CCCCCUUUCAAUGCAGUGACCAGCGUACAUGCCCCUUACAAUGUAGCGGGCGGGCGGGAAGGUGACGUCGGGACGGUGCGUGACUAACGCAUGCACCGCCCCAUGCGACGUCACAGCCAGUACAGCGCCCGCCACAGUGGGGAGUGUCGGGGCGCACAAUGCGCCUCCUCCCCUCGCUAGUAUCCGCCCCAGAGCCGCGGCAAAGGUGUAAAAGAGCCACAUGCAGCUCUGGAGCCGCGGGUUGCAGACCCCUGAGUUAAGGGAUUAUAGCAGGGGAAUGGUACAGAUCUUUCAACAACUUAGAGAAGGCAACAUACAUGGAAGCAAGAGAAUAGGGAGAAAGGGGGAUUCCUUUCAAAAGUUGCCAGCCACAGUCCACUCCAGGUAGUCAGAGUCCCAGCACCACCCAUGGGGUUUAGAUAAGCCAUGACUAAGUCCUAUUCAGUGUUCUUCAAUGGGACUUAGUCUUGAAUAUAACUUUCACAAGAUGUGCCGAUCAAGUCUGAGGCGCCUUCAACAUCACAGAAUUGUUUCAGUACCACGGUCAAUCUACAUUGCACUUUGUAGAAUAAGGUACAUUGCACUUUGUCCAAAGCAACUUACUAGCCAAGAGUUUCCAGGGAGCAACAACACAAAACAUUCACUUUGGGAGGAAAAGCAGUAGAUCAAUAAGUACAUAUCCAUAAAUUAUCCACAUUGAUCCAGAGCCGAAAGCAAGUUGGUUUGAUUCUGCUCUCAUCUGAGAACCGGAAACAGCAAUUGUUCUUUGAGAGUAGUGGUGUCCUUAGAUGAAUGAUGUGCUUUGUUGCUCUUGUGACCCCUAUCUCACCAAAUUAUAUAAACAGGUGACUUUAAAAGGUGUAAGAUUUAGCUGGUGCCCGUCACUUCACUAGGUAUCCAGAUUAACCCGGUCACACUGCGGGGAUGCCUACAAUAGGAGGAGAGUGUAGUAGGGCUUCUUAUGACUCAAAUUGGCCAUAACUUCAUUUACUCUUCAGUUCCGCUAACAGACAUCUUUGUUUUCCUGGCACCUUCAGUUCAGGCCAACUGCCCAUGACUCUGCUCUGCCUUUUGCAUCAUAACAUUCUCUGGCCAGUUAGAAUCUUCCUGGUUACUGUGGUGACAGCAGUAAACAGGUUCAUAUGAUCCCACUUCCAUGGGUUCACCCUAAGGGAUGCUGACUAGAAUUGGCACUGAGCAUGGGUGAAUUUGAGGAACACUGGGGAAAAAUUCACCCUCAUGUUUACCCCGGGGGUGGGGGAAUAGCAAAGCAUCAUGAAAGACAGAAUGUGUUAUGGGAACAUCAGCAGGGUGGCGCUAUUUCUCCAUGGAAGAAAGAGGGAGGGAGAUAGGAUGGGGAAAAGAUUCCUCCCCAAUGGGAUCAUAAGCAAUUAAAAUUAUCCAUGGGUUGGAGUAACUCCCUUAUGUGGACAGCUUGGGGCCUUUUAGUUCAGAAGGAAGGAUGUUCUCUGUCACUCCUGUUGGUUGUAUUAAUUUUAGAACCAUUUGCUAUCAAAGUAUGCAGUGCCCUCUCUUGUCCAGGAAUGGUUACAAACAUUUUUGUUUUAUAAAUAUUUAUUUUCCAUUUCCACGUUUUAUAAAUAUGUUAACAAAAAACCGAAAAUCUUUACAGAUCUCAUGUACCUUCCGCUCAACUUCCCUCCCUUCCUUUGUCAGUUACUUAUUUUAUAUUUUUUUAUUACUGCAUGUCCAAUUCAAAUAUAUUCACUAUUUCCCCCUUAUUUUCCUCCUAUUUCCCCUUUUAUUGUCUCUUACUGCAUGUGUUUAUAUCGGUCCCAGUAAUGUUUUGAUUUGUUUACAAUGUAUCUUCAAAUAGUCAAUAAAUUUUCCCCAUUCUGUUUUAAAAAGUCUCUCUUCUUGAUUUCUUAUUUCUCUGGUUAGUUUUGCUGUUUCUACAUAUUCCACAUUGCCAAUCUUCUUCUGUCAGAACUGUUUCCUUCUUCCAUCUUUGGGCAUAAAUCAUUUAAGCAGCAAUGGUAGCAUACAUAAACACUUUUCUCUCUCCACUCUACCAAUUAUAGUUGAAAUAACCCCCCCCCCAAAGGUACAGGAGUGGUUAUAAACAGAAAUGAACAAAAAUCAGAACUCUUUGCAGAUGGUAUAAUUUUAUGCACCUCUGACCCUAUCAGAGCAGGCAAAAUAUUAUGCACAGAACUGGAACAGUUCCUCCAGGGUCUCAGGAUUACAAGCUACUUUUAAGAAAGCAGAGGUAACAUUUUUUCAUACAUCACCACAUAUAUAGCAGACUUUUACAGCAAUGUUUAAGAUUCCAAAAGCUAGGAAAAGUUUUAGAUAUCUGGGGGUACAAAUUACCCAAAAUUUGAACAAGUUGGGUCAGUUUAAUUAUAGUCAGCAUGGAAAGGUAGAAAUAUCAUCAUCAUCAAUCUUUAUUACGGUCCAGAGACCCAACAAAUCAUUACAAAGCAAUACACAAUUCAUACAGCCUACCUUCAGGUGGUUGCAAGAACAAAUGAUCCCUAUAUUCUGAACAAAAUGCUUGUUUAACCUGGAGGUAGAAAUAUGGUUAUAAUACAAUGGAAUAAAUUAAGACUUUCCAUUAUGGACAAACUAGCUGCAUCUAAAAUAAUGAUUGCACCUCCUUCUUCUUUUUGUUCCAGACUUCACCCAAAGCAAAUGGGAAGGGAAAUGGAGAAGAAACUGAGGUGUUCCAGAGUCUGAGGAAUUAAUGAAGACCCCCCUUCUGAUCGCCCCUCCUUGCUGAGGCCAGCACCCCACUUUGUGCGAAGGCUGACACCUCUCUUGCUGCCUAGGAAACAAUCUUCUUCUUCCCAAAGACUGCCAACCCAUGUGGAACACCCAUUGCCAAAAUCAUUGCCAAAGCCAUCAGGCUCACAUCUACAUGAAGGAUGGCCAUCCAGCUCUCAGCUUUCCUCACCAGACGUUGGAGACCACUGGACACCAUUAUUAGGACGGUGCCCAACAGACCUCACCAGCCAGCUGUGCCACGUCAAAGCUCCAGGUUCCUAAGCAACAUCCAAUCAUCUGCAACUAGAGCUCAGCCCUUGCAAGUACAACCACCAACCUCUCCACCAUGGAGAGGGGAUACUUAUAUUCCCUGGAGGACACUUCCAGACGACCUCAAGGAAUCCUUGCCAAUAACUGAAGAACAACAGCCCAUCCGAGAGGCAAUGAGAAGGAAAGCUCAGAGAGAGAGGGAGGAGGCAUCACACUGGACUUCCGUAGGGAGGGUGAAAUAUUUUGUGGAGCGUGAGAAGGAAAUGAACAUUUCAACUUGCUAUGGGUAUCCAUGGCGUUACUGAGGGGUCUAGGGCAAGGACUACUGAGGAGUCCUUGCCCGCUCACUAUUGGCAUGGGCUGCUGCUCCUGCUGCCCGGGUCACAUAGCAUGCCAAGCGAGGAGUUGAAAAUGGUGUUGGCAGCAGUAGCUUUGUUGAAGCCUCCAAUUUUAUAGCCGAGGUUGUUGUAACGCUGCUUGCAAGUCUUGCUUUUAUUGUUUUAUUAUCUUUAUUAUCUUUUAAUAGUCUCAUAGCCUUUUAACAGUUUUAUAGUUGAACAGUUUGUUUUUAUUAAAGAUUUUCUUAGUUUAAAAAGUAUGUGCAUUGUUUCUUUUUUCAGGUUGUGAUUUCUACAGAUCAAUUACAUUUGAUGUAAGAUAUUAGUGUUAUAUGCUGCAUAGGAUUGGGAAGAAAAAGAGGGGCGAGGGGUUGGGUGGUAAAGCUUACAUUCUUAUAUUUAGUAGUAGUAGUAGUAGUAGUAGUAGUAGUAGUAGUAAUUUCCUGCCCAUCUGGUGGGGUUUCCCCAGCCACUCUGGGUGGCUUACAGCGUAAAAUCAUAUUGAAACAUCAUACUGAACCGCCGGAAGGCCCUCAGCGCUAGACUUCAGUGUCCGGGCAGAACAAUGAGGGUAGAGACACUCCUUCAGGUACACUGGGCCAAGGCCAUUUAGGGCUUUGAAGGUCAGCACCAACACUUUGAAUUGUGCUCGGAAGCAUACUGGGAGCCAGUGAAGAUCCUUUAGGACCAGUGUUAUAUGGUCCCAGCAGCCACUCUCAGUCAUAGCUGUCAACGUUUCCCGUUUUUUAAGGGAAAUUCCCUUAUUCUGAAUAGGAUUCCUCACAAGGGAAAAGUUGACAGCCGUGCUCCCAGUCACCAGUAUAGCCGCAACUUGCUGUUUAAAGACAUUUUGGCCUUAAUCACCCCACUCAGUUUCUUCCUUCUUCGAGGGUGCCAGACAUGGCUGAUCCGAUCCACUUCCUCCAUGUCCUGCAAAGAAAGAACUCUCAUCCCAUCUCCAACCCUAUUGUUACCCCAAUAAACUCAUCAUGUGACUAAGGAUCCUCUUCCUUGAGUUCACCUUUCCAUCCCACACAAAUGGUCCCAAACUCCAAGAAAUGCCAACCCAGUGACCCUGAGAACUGUAGACCAGGGGUUGGCAACCUGUGGCCCACGGGUCAUAAGCGGCCCACGGGGGUCGUUUAAAUGGCCCACAAGCUGCCCUCAAACUGAGCCGCCUGCUCGGCGAGUCCCCGCGCGCUGCGCUAAACCGGCACAGCAUGGAGCGGGGACUUGCUUCUGUGGCACUGGAAACUGCGUCUGUGCAGAGAGCCCACAGAGCAAUCUCCGUGGGAGUGAACCAGCCCAGGCAAGGUAAACCUUGCCGCCUCUUGCUAUAGACCCAUUAGCUUGUUACCAAUAAUGGGAGAAAAGUAUGCCCACUGCCUCUGCAAUACACUGACUGCCUUUCUGAAUGUGAAUAGCAUCCUUAUUGAGGCACGAGCUGCAUUUAGAGAGAACUACUCAACUUCUGACCACUGUUUAGUUCUAUUCCACCUUGCCAAGAUAUAUUCAAAACCUCUACAAGGCAAACUAAAUGUAGCUUUUAUGGAACUAAAAUCAGUCUUUGAUUUCAUCUCCAGAGCCAAGUUACAGGGAAAGUUGGACCAGGUUCUAGUUGUCAAAAUACUUUUCUGCCUCAUCAAGGCCCUUGUUAGUCAGAUGCGGUGCCCAGGGACAGCUUUUGAGUGAAAUAUCAAUGUCUUGAGGAGUCAGACAGGGCUGUAUCCCUGCACCCUCCUUCUUUAGCAUAUUUUUAAAGGACCUUGAUGGUGCCCUAAUGAACCCACUUGGCCACCUGCCCAGACUUGGGGUCAGGAGGACUCCAUUGUAUGCUAACGACACAGCUAUUCUCUCAUGUUCUAGACCAGGUCUAUAUUACCAAUUUGAGGAGGUUCAUGUCUUAUGACGUACAGAAUGAUCUAAAAAGUAACUUUGGGGUAUCUAAAAUCUUGGUUUUUAAGAAGACAUUUCUGCAGUGCAAAUAGUCACAAGAUGGGCAUGCCCUCAAUUAGAUUAGAAGCUUCCAAUACCUGGGGCUGACAUUCCAUCACGCAAUGACAUGGACCCACCCAUAGAACUGCAGUCCUCCAGAAAGCAUAGGUUGUCAGUCAGCUACUGUGCUACUUCUUUACUAAAGGAGGUCAAUAUAUUCCACCUGCCAUCAAAGCAUUUGGUGCCAAAACAGCUGCCCAAUGCGUAUUUACGGUAUGAAAAAGUUAAGGUACACAAGAAUCCUGAACCAUGUAAUAAGGAAGUCCCUAUAUGCGGUAUGGGAUAAAUAUAAAAAUCUGUUAGAACAAAAAACGCCAUGGUGGUUAUCGUCACUAGAAGCAAUUACCAUGAAAAAAUUGAAUAUGAAAAAAGACUGGGCAACAUAUAA